AACCGAAAGUAAAAUUUAUUUUAGUUUCAAUUUUAGGCCCACUGUAUUAGAAAGGGUAUAAAUGGGCUGGUCAAUAAUAGCCCAUUACUUCUUUGUUUCAUCCGCUCCGCCCACUUUCCUCCCUCCACCUCCGUCCCUCCGCCACCUCCUCCGCCGUUGUUUUCACCUGAAACAAUAAACCGUUAAAUCCACAGUCGAUAGAAUAAAAUUCCAUAUAAAAUCAGAAGAGAAUCCAUUUCAAUUUGAUGCAAAAACUGUUAUAUCUCGUCCAAACCGUAUCACCGCCCUCUCUCAGUUUGUUCGCAAAACCCUCAUUCUCUUAUCCUCACCUUUUUCCGUCUUCCGCGCUUGCAUCUCGCCUCAGAUCGUACAAAUCGGCGUCAACGACCGGCGGUUUUAUCAGAUUCCCGAUGGCAUCGUCGGCAACUCCGAAGUUGCCGGCGCCACCCAUAGAGGAGGGGAUAGGGAGGAGAUUCUGGAUCAAGUUCAGGAAGGAGUGGACACACGCGCUGUAUUCUCCUUUUGUGGUCAGUUUGGCCGCCGGGAAUCUCAAUCUGGAUACGUUUCGCAAUUAUAUUGCGCAGGAUGUGCAUUUCUUACGUGCCUUUGCGAAAGCGUAUGAAAUGGCUGAGGAGUGUGCUGAUGACGAUGAUGCAAAAGUUGGGAUUUACGAACUGAGAAAAAAUGUCCUUCAAGAGCUUAAAAUGCAUGAUUCAUUUGUCCAUGAGUGGGGUUUUGACUUGCCUAAAGAGAGUACUCCAAAUGCUGCCACUGUUAAGUAUACGGACUUUUUACUGGCAACAGCAUCAGGAAAGGUUGAAGGAGUAAAAGCUCCGGGUAAAUUAGCUACUCCUUUUGAGAAAACAAAAUUGGCAGCUUAUACUCUUGGUGCAAUGACUCCUUGUAUGAGGCUUUAUGCCUUUCUUGGAAAGGAGUUGCAGGCACUUCUUGAUCCCAGUGAAGGCAUUCAUCCAUAUCAAAAGUGGAUAGACAAUUACUCCUCUGAUGUUUUUCAGGCAGCAGCUUUGCAGACAGAGGACCUGCUGGAUAAGUUAAGUGUGUCAUUAACUGGGGAAGAGCUUGAUGUCAUUGAGAAGCUCUAUCACCAAGCUAUGAAACUGGAGUUACAGUUCUUCCUAGCCCAACCACUUGCUCAGAAAUGUGUUGUUCCUCUAUCUAAAGAGCACAAUCCAGCAGAACAUUGUCUCAUGUUAUUUUCAGAUUUUGAUUUGACAUGCACCGUUUUGGAUUCAUCUGCCAUCUUGGCAGAAAUAGCAAUUAUAACGGCCCCAAAAUCAGACCAAAAUCAACCAGGAAAUCAACUUGUUCGGAUGUCUUCGGUUGGCUUAAGAAGUACAUGGGAAGAACUUUCCAAACAGUAUACUGAAGAGUAUGAACAGUGCAUAGAAAGCGCCUUGCAAUCCAAUAAAGGGGAAAUUUUCAAUUAUGAAGGGCUGCGUGGAGCACUUGAGCACCUCUCAGAUUUUGAGAAAAAAGCAAAUUUGAGAGUGAUCGAUUCUGGGGUGCUGAAGGGUCUGAAUUCUGAGGACAUUAAACGAGCUGGAGAGCGACUCAUUCUCCAAGAUGGUUGUACUAAUUUCUUUCUGAACGCUGUUAAGAAUGAAAACUUGAACACAAACAUCCAUGUUCUUUCUUAUUGUUGGUGUGGUGAUCUCAUCAGAUCUGCUUUUGCAUCAGCAGGUGGUUUAGACCCGGUAAAUAUACAUGCAAACGAGUUCACCUACGAAGAUUCCUUAUCGACGGGCGAAAUCAUUAAAAAGGUGGAGUCUCCCAUUGACAAAGUUCAAGCUUUUACUAAUAUCAAACAGAGUUGUUGCAGUGAUCAGAAGAAGAUUCUGACAGUAUACAUCGGAGAUUCAGUGGGUGACUUGCUCUGCUUGCUCGAGGCAGAUGUUGGUAUUGUCAUAGGUUCAAGCACAAGCCUGAGAAGAGUGGGGAGUCAUUUUGGUGUAUCGUUUGUUCCUUUGUUUCCAGGUUUGAUUGAGAAACAGAAACAGUUUACUGAGGAAGAAAGCUCGUCUGGUUGGAAGGGUUUAUCCGGAAUUUUAUAUACAGUGUCUAGCUGGGCUGAGAUUCAUGCUUUUAUUCUGGGAUCACAUUCUUGAUAGUUCAUCGAAAAACAAUUUGAAGAGAUGUUUAUAUGAUAGAAUAUACUCAAUACAUAUAUAGAUACAAAACUAGGUGGCUGUUUUUUGUUGCGGGUCACCGAUUUAUUUCUGAACUGUAAAUGGCCGAUUCUUUUGGAGUUUGUAUUGAUAUAAACUGAGUGCUAUUCGGGUUUUACAUAUGAAUGGCAUUUUGAACUACUUGACAUGUGAGAUAUUCGAAGAGAUGGUUUCUUGUUA